UUUCAGAGGGGGCGGAGACAAGCUGCUUUCCAUCCACAGCGAGCAAAGCGGCGACCACUGCGCGCCUCUCUAAUUGAGUUAGUUAGAACCCCAAUUACUGGAGGAUUUGUUUUCCUUUCGCUUAUAGAUAAUAGAUAAUGUGUGAUCUAAAUAAUAAUCUAGGUCGCCGGGUGUAAACGGACAGUGGGACUGGAACCAGAGGAUGAGUGCGGCUCUCUAAAGCCAGCGGGAGGAAACGCAGCGGCUUUGCUUUUCUUGCGCGUCGUGACCUGGACCAUCUACCGCUGGAUGAGGCGAUGAAAAGCGAACCUUAGGGUUUGUUCCCUCCGUUCACCUCCAGCCUACAUAAAACCAAGGUCCAGAGUCUCCAGAAAUCACCAUGAGGACCACCGAGGAGACCGAGGGCUUUGAUGGCGAGGCCUCCAACACGUCCAUGAUCUCCGGGGCCAGCAGCCCGUACCAGCCCACCACAGAGCCCGUCCUUUCGCGCAACGUUUUAGGGGCGAUACGAUGCGACAUGGAGUACCUCCGGUCUUACUUGGGGAUUUUAAAGGCGGUGGAAGUGGUCCUGGCUCUCAUCGGCUUCAUCUGCAUAGAGACCAUCAUGAUGUGUUCUCCCUGUGGAGGUGUCUACUUCUUCGAGUUUGUCAGCUGCAGUGCCUUCGUGGUGACAGGAGUUCUUCUCCUGAUCUUCUGCCUUAACCUCCACAUCAAGGUUCCCCAGGUCAACUGGAACCUCACGGAUCUAGUUAACACCGCUGCCAGCACCUUUUUCUUCUUCCUCUCUUCCCUCGUUCUGGCCUGCAUCAACCACAACACUGGAGCUGAAAUAGCAGCAGUGACCUUUGGCUUCCUGGUGACAGGUGUGUAUGGCCUUAACACCUUCCUGGCAGUACGGAGGUGGCGCCGCGGCAAUGGGUGUCAGGGGGCCGCUCAGACCAGCGAGUACAUUCGAGCGCGCACAGCAUCUCGAGGAGAAAUGGAGGCUCGACCCGAGCUCGCAUGAGACCUGGCAAAAAGAAGGCGACUGACUGACAUGGACGCAAAAGAAAUUAAUGGAGUUUUGGACCUCGACAGCUCUCACACCAAAGCAGGAUUCCUUUCACAACCAGAGAGUCAAUCAGUAGCCAUUGAGAGUCCUGAAAGGCUGGAUCGGGACUAAAGGUGUAAACCGACAAGGAAACCAUCCUCCACUUCAUUGUCACUAAAAAAGCACUGUGGUGACAUUAGCCGAGGUUUUGCCUUUCACUGUGAUUGGAGUUUUACAUGUUUCCUACAGUCCUCCAGGUUUCUGUGACGUAUGGACGAGGGAUAGACAGUAGCUCUAUCAGCAAUCGUCUCUUUAUCGAUCCUUUAUCCUACAGCCUCUACCUGUCCUGGUAGCAGAAAGACAUCUCAAAUGUCUCUGACUGUUGCUAGCAUGAAAUCAGUGAACUAUUUACCAUCAGCAGCCAGUAGGAAGGUCAGUUUUUAUGAUUGAUGAGAAACAUUUGACUGUCACUGAAAAAAAUUCUAUAUUAUAUGUUUUAACUUUAUUCCUAGACAACCAAAAAUCUUAGAUAUCAAGCUUGCCUUGGUUUUAUUAACUUCUAGCAGGGCUUUUUUGUUGUUGUUUUUGUUGUGAUAGUACAUAAUAAUGACCUUAUUUUAUCCCAUUAUCUCAGCACCCUAUCAAGAUCUCUGAUUCAAAUGAUUAUGUUAUACUUGUUACUUCCAUUCAAUAUAUUGUUUCAGCUGCAAGUUCA